AUGAGCCUCAAUGAGGGCUUAGCCUGCUCCCAGGUAACCAUGACGGUCCCCCCACCAUCAAAGACCGCAGGGGCCAACCCGGCCAACAACUCCCGGAGGAUGCGUCGCAUCAUUUCCGAGGACCCCGAAUGGAGCCUGGCCAUCGUACCCAUGCUCUCUGACCUCUGCUUGCAGCAUAUUAUCAGCAACUUUGAGACCAAGCCCAUACUCAGAGAGCUCCGCCCAGACCAGCAGCGGAGGGUGCUAGAUCGCAUCUCCCUGGAUGUGCCCCUGAAUGUGGUGGCCAACCUGAUUUCGGACGAGGAGUACUGGCACCGCCGCUGCAACAAGUGCUGGACGGUGGGCCACGUGGAGAAGUACGGAAACAGCUGGAAACGAAUGUUCUUUGAGAGGCACCUCCAGGAACGUUUGAAACUCUUCAUUCCGGGAACCACGGACCCCAACGAGAUCCUAGACUUGGUGCCUCUCUGCAAGGACUACGUGGUCAGGCUCCAGGUGGACCAGUUCCUGCCCCCCGUGAAGCUAGAGCAGCCGGGCCAGGAUCUGGAGCAAUCAGACUCAGCCAGUGAGGGUGAGCCCGAGGAACUCAACAUGGAUCACUUCCAGCUGGAUGAACUGGUGGGCAAACUCCAUCGUCUGGAAGAGCUGGAUCUGGUGUACGGAGUGAAAGACUGCGGCAUGAACUUCGAGUGGAAUCUCUUUAACUUCACCACCCGAGACUGCUACUCCCUGGCUGCCACCAUUAAGGCUUGUCAAACUCUCAAGGUGUUUAAACUGACUCGGAGCAAGGUGGAUGAUGAGAAGGCUCGUAUCCUGAUUCGAAGCCUCCUGGACCACCCAGCCCUGCUGGAGCUAAACCUGUCACACAACAAAAUUGGGGACCGAGGUGUGAGGGCUGCAGCCAAACUGAUCAACCACAGCCAAGUGAAAAUCCUCAACCUUGCCAACAACAGAAUCAGAGCUAUGGGGGCCCAGGCACUAGCCCAUGCUCUGUCCUACAACACCACUCUCAUCUCCCUCAACCUUCGCCUCAACUGCAUCGAGGACGAGGGUGGGCAGGCUGUGGCCCAUGCCCUGCAGACCAACUCAACCCUCACCUACAUAAACCUGGCGGGCAACGAGUUAUCUGAGCCCACAGCCACUCUGUUCUCCCAGGUGCUGUCAGUCAACACCACCCUGACUUGUAUCAAUCUCUCCUGCAAUCACAUUGGUUUGGAUGGUGGGAAGCAGCUUUUGGAGGGCAUGUCUGACAAUAAGACCCUGAUGGAGUUUGACCUGCGGAUGUCUGAGAUUGGCCAGGAGAGUGAAUACCUCAUCAAUGUGGCUCUCAAUGCCAACCGAGAGGCUGCUCGUCUUCGAACCUUGCACAACAGCGACAACAGAGACAGCAACAACGACAACAGCGACGGCAAUGACCAGUUCAACGACUACAAUGGCCAAUUCGACAAUGACAGUGGCCAAUUCAACGAUGACGAUGACAACAGCUACAACAGCGACAAUGCCAACAGUGACGAUGGCAGCAAGCGUGACAAGCUCCUGAGGCGUCUACCUGCUAUUAAGCCCGCCUCCCCCUCUCACUGA